AUGGCUUCAAGGAAGAAGGGGCAGUUUGAGGUAUUGGUGGAUGAGUGGUAUAAUUCAAAUGGGAAGAAGAAGCGGGAGGAUGAGGAAAAACUAUGGAAAGAAUUGACUAGAUAUAUUGACGAGUUCAUGAAUGGAAUGGGUAGGGUAGACAGUGAAGGUGAAAGAAUUGGAAAGGAUGGGUGCGAGGUAAUUGAAGCAGAAGGAAGAAACAUGACAAGCGAAGAAAAGAAGUGGUGCAUUUUCUUGUUAAAGAACUCUUGGAUAAUGGAAAAACUAAACAGGAGUGAAAGUAAAUUGCAGGAAUGGAAUAAAAAUAUAAGAGCUUUCAUACGCUGUACUGUAAUGAGAGUAUGGUUCCAUAUAUACAUGAAUAUAAAUUGUGAAGCUGAUACAAUUAUAACGGGGGCUUCUAAUGGAGUGUUCGAAAUGUGCAAGGGCAUGAGUGGAGGGGAAGGUUGUAACAAAUGUGAGUAUGGGGAAUUUGAAUCUAUGUACGUAAAUGGUAAGAGUGUUUUAGGGCACAUUUUGGAUAAAAUACAUAUAGGUGAAAAAAUUAUAAGAAUGCGAAGUGGAAUAUCAUUCAGUGAGAAGUGUGAGAGGAAUACUGAUGGUACCGGGAAUCAGCAGCCGCGAGGUGGUGGCACUGAGGACGUCAUGGCACAGGACGUAUUGAGUCAAGUCAAAGAAGAACUAAAUACGGAGAAUGGACAACAAAAACAUUCUCCGAAAAUAGUGCAACCAGACACCCCGGAAAUCAAGUUCAAAGAUGAUUUCCUGAUAAAAUGGAUAUGGGUACAUGGUGAUCCCAUGAAGAAAGGGUUAAGUAAAGGAAUAUGGGACGACAUGAAGAAAGUGUUCGACGACAUGAUGGAAAAUAUAGAUAGGGAUGGAAAGAAUGAUCAAGGCUACUGUUCCACGUUGCAGCGCGUGCACAAUAAUACUAAAGAGCUAUGCAAAAUUGUAUUAAGAAUAUUCUUCUGGAUGGAUGGAUUAGAGCAAAAGUGGGUAGGAGAAAUGGACGACGAAAAAGGGUACUUCGAUUGGAGAACGAGGACGGAUGAAGCAGAGAACGAAAAGGAACUGCUACCGUACUAUAGAUGUCUACUUGGUAAAGUAACUAUGUUAAAAAUGUUAGGAAGGCACUGUAAGUUGGGGGAGAUUGCACAAGAAGUUAUAAAUAAAAGGAAUGGUUUCAGGAAAAGUAAGGGGGAUUUUCAGGGGAAUACAUUAUGUAAGGACGUGAAUGUCAAGAAUUUCAAAUGGGGAGGAAGGUUAAUAUGGCAGCAGGUUAGUGAAUGGAUAGAUGACUAUAAACGGCCCGAAGUUCCAGAAAAAGCAUUAAGGGCUGUGACGGCAGGGAACAGUCCACUGCACAUAAUAAAGGAACAGGGAGAGCAAGGUUGUAUGAAAGAGAAUAUGGAUAAACAAAUCCUCAAGAAAUUAGAAAUAGAAGCGGACGCCGAUGAAGUACUGAACAUAGUGGAAGAAGAUGUAACUUUGGAUAAGAGUGCUCUGGAAGAAAUAAUGCAUAAGGUCGAGGUAUUAAGGAAGAGUGAUAAAAUACCAAGUAUGAAGGAUGGGGAGAUAUCACAGGAAAUCAUACAACAAGUGGAGAGAGUGAUACAGGAGGUAUAUCAGAAGGAAUUGAAAAAGUUAAAGCCGCAAAACAUGCCAAUACUGAGAGUACUACUACCACAAUCACGACCAGAACAGAAAGGUGAUGACUGUAACCAGGGUAAAUUAUGUGCACGUGCAAAUUGUGUAACACAUCAUUGGUUUAAGGACAGAGUACCUCGAGUGGGGAGUGGAAGACAAAACUGGUGUAACUUUUGGGGGGAUAAGGACGUUGGAAAAGUAUUGAAAGAAUUGUCUAAUGCUAUGAAGAAUGGAAGCACAGACAUCGAAGUUUCAUGCAAGAACUUCACCAGAGCAAAAGGUGAAACAGCAACAGAAUCAGAGAAGAAGGCAUGCAACCUUAUUGUGACAGGAUUAAGACAUAUAUACAGUAUUCAGGAAAAUGAGCGGGACUAUUACUUAAACCAGAAGAAAAAUAACCGAAUAUUUUAUCAAACUAUGGCAUGUGCCUUCCUAAACGCUUAUGCGGACAAAUUGGAACAGCAUUCAACUUGCCCCAUCGGGAAGGAUAUAAUACAACAGGCAUUUGAAAAAGGAAAUGGAAAUAAGGAUACUUGGUGUAAGGAUAAGAACAAUAAAAGUUUGAAUUGUGCUGAAUGUAAUAGGGAACCUAAUCUAACUUGCACACUAAGCGUGAGUGAAGGCCUGUUGGAUAAGAAGAAAGGUGAAAAAUGUAAAGGAGACAGAAUUAAUAUACAGAAUAAGUUGGGUAAAAUGCUGGACCCAACGACGAAGGGGGAUCCAAAAGUAAAGCCAGCUCUGAAAGAAAUAAAUGACAUAUGUCCAACCAAACCACCAGAAGCACCACGCCCACAGGCUGCCAAACCAGCAACUACGAAACCAACCGGAAACACCGAUCAGGCAAGUUCAGAUCAGAAUUCUGAGACAUCCAAGGAUUCCGCUGAGAAUCUCCCUGGAGAAGUAACAGAUGCAAAACCUGACUAUGCUGGUUCCGGCGACGAUGAUCUACAGGAUACUAGGAAUGCUGAAUCAUCAUCCGCGGAAGGUUCAACUCCUCAAACAACAGGACAAACAACACCACCAUCCAUACCACGGAAAGCACCAACUUCAUCAAAGGCACUAAAAUCUUCACACGGAACGAAGGAAGGGAUCACUUCCAUUGAUUCCUUCCUUUCAUACCUUCCUACAAUUCCUGUGACCAUUGCCAUCUACGUCACGAGUUAUCUCCUUUGGAAGUACUUUGGAAUUCUUCGUAAAACAAGGAAACGUUACAGAAGAGCUUAUCAAGUACGUGGUCCAUCCUUACAGGAACAAAUUAUGGACCAUGUGGACCAAGAUGGUCCACGUGAAUAUUGCAUAGUGAAAGAACGAAAACAACCAAGAUCUGCUCCAAAUAGAAGGAGGAAAAGGGAACGUCCCGGCCGCCGUGCUGCUGGUCGUCGUCGUGAUCUUCGUCGUGGUGUUGGUCGCCGCAUGAUUAUUGAUAUUCAUUUAGAAGUCUUAGACGAAUGUCAAAAAGGGCAUUUGCAUUCGACAAACGAGGACUUUUUUGAAAUUUUGGUUCAAAAGUUUAUGGGAUCGGAAUUCAUAAAAGAAGAAAAGGUUCCAAGUUCAUAUUCCGGAUUUAGGGAGGAAGACAUCGUUCCUAAGGAAUGUUUUGCUAAGGAAUAUGUUCCAAGUUCAGAUUCCGGGUUUUAG